AAGAGAAGAGACAGAAGUCAUGUCCAAAGUGUGGCCAGCUCUCACAUGUCAGAAGAUCAGUGUGACUCUGAUGUUAAAAAAAAGAGGAACAUUUCUCUUAAGAAAAAAGAAAAGAGAUUUUCCUCUGCAAGAUCUGGUAACAGAACAAGAAUUCCACACGAUGUGUCUGUCCACAUGAGAACUAAGUCUGAUGAACAACCUUAUGUCUGUACAGAAUGUGACAGAAGCUUUAGUCAUGCAUCUUAUCUUAAAGUACACAUGAGAAUCCAUACAGGAGAAAAGCCCUUUUCUUGUAAAGAAUGUGAUAAAAGUUUUAGUCAAACAUCUGACCUCAAAAAACACACGAGAACACAUACAGGAGAGAAGCCUUUUUUGUGUAAAGAAUGUGACAGAAGUUUCAGUCGCAAAUCUAAUCUCAAAACACACAUGAGAACUCAUACAGGAGAGAAGCCUUUUUUGUGUAAAGAAUGUGACAGAAGUUUUAAUUGCAUAACUAAUCUCAAAACACACAUGAGAACUCAUACUGGAGAGAAGCCUUUUUCGUGUAAAGAAUGUGACAGAAGUUUUAGUCUAAUAUCUCAUCUCAAAACACAUAUGAGAACUCAUACAGGAGAGAAGCCUUUUUCGUGUAAAGAAUGUGACAGAAGUUUUAGUCAAAUGUCUAAUCUCAAAAAACACAUGAGAACUCAUACAGGAGAGAAGCCUUUUUCUUGUCAAGAAUGUGACAAACGUUUUAUCGUAAAAUCUCAUCUCAAAAAGCACAUGAGAACACAUGGAGAAGAAAAGCCCUUUUUCGUGUAAAGAAUGUGACAGAUGUUUCAGUUGCAUAUCUAAUCUCAAAACACACAUGAGAACUCAUUUAGGAGAGAAGCCUUUUUUGUGUAAAGAAUGUGACAGGAGCUUUCAUCAAAUAUCUAAUCUUAAAUCUCACAUGAGAAUCCAU